GACUACUAGUGAAUGUGAUCACCUCAAUCUCAAUUCUCAAAUCUUAUUUUUUUGGGUAUUCGUAUUCCUAACUUUAAUCCUUUCCCAAAGCCUUGCUGCCGUCCUCACUCGUACACUUCUUUUCUCUCACCAACAAACACAAACACAAACACCCAAAAAAAAUUUAAAUAAAGUUUAGCCCCACGUACAUCUCCUUAUCUUUUUAAAGCAAUUGUCGAACAAAAAUUGGCCAAAUCAACCAAAUUUCAAAAACCCAAGUUACAAAACUCAACUGAAAUUAACCAAUUAUCCAUUAAUGGAAAAGGAAGCACAAAAACCAAGUUUGAUGAAGAAAUUAUCAGGUAUUUCCAGGUUUAAACGAAUUUGUGUCUUUUGUGGUAGUAGCCCUGGCAAAAAUCCCAGUUACCAGCUUGCUGCUCUUCAACUUGCUAACCAAUUGAUUGAAAGAAAAAUAGAUUUGGUUUAUGGAGGAGGAAGCAUUGGGUUGAUGGGUCUGGUUUCUCAAGCUGUCUAUGAUGGAGGUCGACAUGUCUUAGGAGUGAUACCGAAGACCCUUAUGCCUAAAGAGAUUAUCGGUGAAACAGUUGGCGAAGUGAGACCUGUCUCAAGUAUGCAUCAAAGAAAAGCAGAAAUGGCUCGCCAAGCUGACGCUUUCAUUGCUUUACCAGGAGGUUAUGGCACUUUGGAAGAAUUACUUGAAGUCAUCACUUGGGCUCAACUUGGAAUUCAUGAUAAGCCGGUGGGCUUGUUGAACGUUGAUGGGUAUUACAACUCACUGUUGUCCUUCAUAGACAAGGCUGUUGACGAGGAUUUCGUUACCCCAGCUGCGCGUAACAUUAUUGUGUCUGCUCCAACUGCUCAAGAGCUAAUGUCCAAGCUUGAGGACUACGUUCCACGACACUACGAGACAACACCUAAGCUCAGCUGGGAGAUGGAGCAACAACUAGAAUAUGGCACAGCAAAGACAGAAAUCUCACGUUGAUUUGCAGAUCUCAUUAUAUCGAGUCACGUGUAAUUGUACAAAUGGUUUCAAUUUAUUAGUUAAAACAAAAACAUUUGACAACCAUAGGGUUUUGAGAAAUUCAAACAGACCACACAAGAUCAGGUUUAAUUUAGACUAUUGUAUUACAGAAAUUAUCCGAAUUGCCAUUUUGAGCUUCUAGUUCGUAAUUAUUAGUAGAUUUAGGAGUAUUAUUUUUCAUUUUAAAAUAUGAUCAAGUAGAUCAUAUGUUGUAUUACGUCUUACUUAUAUGGUAUACUGAUUACAAUCUGAAGAGAUAAUUUGGAAUGUUUAGAAAGAAAAGAGAGAAAUUUCUUUGUAAGAAUAUUAUUAUCAAUCUAUUCAAAUGAAUAUUACAACCUA